AUAAAAGUAAUAGCGGAAGUAGCUCUCACAGAUUUGCAGAAACUAUCGAUCGGUGCAGCAAAGAGGCAGUCAGUCCUCAAACACAAUGUCUUUUGAUAAAUUUAAACCAAAGUAUAAAAUACAUUCAGAAACGGAGAAUUAUUUCAAAUUAAGAGCCGAGGCCGGAGCAAAACCUUAUGAUCAACUCACGGUAGAGGAAGCGAGGGAGGGUAAUAUUGCGAACGCUAAAAGGUUUGCUGGCACGACGGAAUUUGAAGGCACCGUGAAAGAAUUCACAGUUCCAUCAAAACAGUGCAGCGAUGGAAUCCCAAUCACAGUGUACAGAUCUAAGCAAUGUGACUUGUGUGUGGCUCCCUCUGUGUUUGUGUACUUCCAUGGAGGGGGAAAUGUGGUGGGAUGUAGACAAACUGUGGACACAAUCUGCAGAAUCUUCUCCAGAGAUGCCCCUUGUGUGGUGGUCAAUGUAGAAUAUCGUCUUGCUCCGGAACAUAAAUGGCCAGCCAACCACGAAGAUGCCAUUUGUGUUGUCCGCUGGGUGAAAAUGAACAAAGGUCUUUUAGGUGCGGUGAACCGCAGCACGGUAGGGGUAGGUGGGGAUGGAGAGGGCAGCCGCAUGGCGGCUCUUGUUUGUCAUGAGGUCCCAGAUUUGGGGUACCAGGUAACAUGCAUCUUUCAUGCAAGUGCUGCAUGACUGCAUGUUGUGUCUGCUCUUCAGUUUCAAAUUUUUAUUUUGAUUUGCCUUUAUUUGAUUUAUCAAAAACAAUCGAAUUCGUCUCCUCAAUGAAAUUAGGGGCUAGGGUAAUACCUUCAACCUCGACCUAGACUUUUUUGGAUGAGUAUCCA